AUGGGCAUGUGGUUGAGAGACAUGGCCCCGACGUUCGUCAUCAAGUCUGGAAACCAUAGCCUUGUUGGCCUUGACUGGAAUUUUAAUGGCUGGGGAGGCAAAUACCCGACUCCCACGACCAAAAACCUGACGAGAAAGUUUUUGCAAGAUGUUUCGAUGGACCGGAUCGAAACCUCCAUUGUGACCGAAGGUGGUGCACUCGAGGCGGACGGUGAAGGAACUCUGUUGGCGACGGAAAGCUCAAUCAUCAACGACAGCAGAAAUCCAGGAAAGAAUCGUCAAGAUGUUGAAAAUGAGCUCAGACGUACUCUUGGGGCCGAAAAGGUAAUCUGGAUCCCUGGCAGAGUGGGUGUCGACGCGACCGACGGUCAUAUUGACGCCCUUGCUCGUUUUGCUAGGCCAGGUGUGGUCUUGCUGAGCAAAGCCAAUGAGUUCACGCCGACUGACAGGACCACCAUCUACGAAGAAGCUCUUGAGAUCUUGCAAAGUGUGACUGACGCAAAGGGUCGUCCGAUCGAGAUCAUCGAGAUUGAGGAACCCGACUCGGAGCUCUUCUCUCCGGAUGACUUCGACAAUCAUCCCUCUGUUCGAAGCUACGUCAAUUAUGUACUGGUUAAUGGAGGCAUUAUCCUGCCACAAUUUGGUGACCCGGCUCAUGAUGCUGCGGCCAUUAGGGCGGCGCAAAGGGUCUUUGGCGAGGAGAGAAGAAUCUGCCCCGUCCUGAUUGAGGAGCUGCCACUGUUGGGAGGUGGACCUCAUACGGCGACGCAAGAAAUUCCCUUGUUCCACCGCAGUUGUGUGCCCGCCGAGUUAUACCAGCUACAGCGUAUUCCUCGAGACUUGAAGCAGACACUGGAAGCGACUCUUAGUCGACACUUUGCUAACUACUUGACAGACGUGAUGCAUCCCCUUGCUUUGGCUGAGGUAUCGCAAGACAGCACAGCCGGAUUGUGGCAUUUACUAGACCACUAUGUCCCCGAUACUUGCUACUUGCCGCAGGUUGGCCAUGCCCGCCGCCGCCGCCGCCGGCAGCUCUUCGCCGACAAACGUAUUCACGAAGCAAGACGGCCAUGGCAAAUGUUGCGGACCAAUUGCUUGCGCUCCGCGUCCUUUUCGGCUUGGUCCUGUCUCUUGGCCGACUUGAUGUACUCGGCCGACUGCUUCGCCAUGGCAACGGCCAAGGCAGAAUACCUCGGCCGGGGCAAAGACUGCACCGUGCCAUUGCUGCAAGAUCCUGUCAAUGUGCGUGGUGCGGUUGCUGGACGACAGGUCGGCCGGACUCCUCAGACUCCCGUUUGUAAAGAGUAA